AUGCUGACCUGCAAGACGAACAAAAAAGAUUGGCGCUCCGGCAAAGGAGGCGAGAACAGGCUGCAACUUCCGCCAGAUCCAUUUGAGGCUUCUGGCAUCUCCCUUGACGAGUUCAGGGUAUUGCAGGGCCAGGAUCACAUUAUCGUGGAGGUGGGUGCCGAUGCACGCUCGGCUCAGUUGUUGGCGCAUCGCAUUUUCCUGCCGUACGAGCUGGCCAAAGGGCUAUCGGAGGAAGAGGACCCUGAGGCUCAGGCUGCAACGGCAGUGAUGAUCCUUCAGGAACUCUUGGGAUCACUGUUGCUGGGAGUGAACGUCCUUGACUUUCAGGAGACACGGGACACGGGACACGGGACACGGGAGGAGCAGCUCCUUCACGAUCUGACGCAGGAAGUAUCAGAGGCUGCAGAUGAGUGGCUGGGCAAAGGUGCUCUGGCCUCACUGCGCUUUGCACAGGAGGGCCAGGUGCGACUACCUGCUUGCCUCCAGGACUUCCUGACUGCCAACCUGCGGAUCUGCACGCGCUUAGCACGACUGCCGCAAGUGGAUGAGCUGUCGGACGCCCGCAGCCCGGCGCGAGGAUCGAGAGAGGCUGCCAGCGGACCCUUCCAGGUUUACUUUGCUGAGGACGACCCGGAAUGCCGUGGCUUCGAAGCCUUGCUCUCUGAGGGGAACAGUUUCGUGGCCAGUGCCGAAUUCUUGGGCGUGGCACGUGCAGAACAGGAAGCCCGAAACAUGGCCAAGCUGCUCAUUGGUUUUGCUCCAAACCGCAGCGGCUUUAUCCUAAGCCUCAGGGUUGAACUGGCAUCUAUUGCAUUCAAAAAGCUGUAUUCGCCCUUCCGGAAUCCUGCCUUUGUGGAGCCUGGUGUGAAGCAGAUCAUGAAUGCAUCAGAUCUUUCAACCCAACAGGAGCUAUUGAAAUUUGCCUCAAGUUAUGGCAAUUGCAUUGUGGAGAAAGCCUUUUUUGGCGGUGUCUUGUGCUUGUGCUUCAAGAAAGGGGCGCGAGGUGAAGCAGAUGGAUUUGAAGUUGAGUUGGGACGUGAUGUCUUCAGUGUCACGUGGCAACAUCGGGGUGGUGGCCCUUUAAAAGUGGACACAAAAAAACCCAUGAGUUGCGACCAGCUGGAAAAACUUUUGCGAAGUUGGGCCAAAAGCUGUGGUGCUUUCAAGGCCAAAAAAUCUGUGGUGGUCGUUAGACUGAAAUUGGCACCAAGUUCCAAGGUGGAAGGUUUGGCCGUUCCAGAUGAACUUUUACACAUGGAUCUUCAACGGAAAUCAGACUUGGAAUCUGCAAGUGUUGAUUUGAAACGAGCAGAAAGAGCACGAAAUCUUCCGCAGCUUUGCCAAGCUUUAGACAAAGCCUUAGCAUGUCAUUUGGACGAUCCCUUGCUGGAAGAGCUGCAGGAAAAGCGCUUGAAACUGGUGGAUGCUGAAGAGGCGGUACAGAGAGCCAGCAAUGAUGUGAAUCGUUUAGGUCCAGCCUUGAAAGAUGCAUCAGAGGUUGGACUACAAGAAUGGAAUCGAGAGAAAUUCGAAGAGAUGACGAAACUACAGCGACGGCUUUUAGAGACACGACAACUAUCACGUUUGCGAGCUGCUCUAUCGGGAGAUGUGAGUUUGGGGGAUUCCGUUGACAUCCUGCGCGGCGCUGCGCAGGAUGAUUGUUGUCAUUUGUCGGAGUUUGGUGAGGUGGAGUCGAAGGUGUCGAGUUUGAUCGCGACUUUGACCCGCGAAGCCAACUCCGACGAGGUGUCGGAAGCGCGGGAAGCGCGGGCCGUGGAACAUCUGGAGCUGUUACGAGAGCUGCCGGACGCGGCGGAACGAGCGAACUUGGCCGCGGCUCAGUUCCGGGAGGCCGUGACACAGUUGCAGCGUCGCUGUAACGAGAAAAAGGCACUGGAGAGGCGUCGGGUGGAAGUAGAGCAGUCAUUGCAACAGCUCUUAACCUGGGCAGAGGACACAUCUGGUGAUGAAACUGUUUAUCAAGAACUUCAACAAAGGAUUUCGGAAGUGUCUGAGUUACCCACAGAGACACAACGAUCUUUGGAGACUUUGAAGACGCGUGGAGAGGCCGUGCUGCAGGAGAAACGCAGCAUGGACGAAACGGCACAGCAGGUGCAGCAGAAGCUGCGUGCUGCGACGCUGGCAGAGAGUUGUGAGCCCGAGAUGUUGGAGGCGGCCUUGCAGGAUGUUGCGGUGAAGCAACGAAGCGGUGCUCUGCACCGUGCUCCACUUUCCUCACAGCUACUCUCUUCUGCACGCAAGCAGCUUCAGGCAUUGCUUCAGCAGGAGCUGGAGGAGCAUUUGAGGAAAGUCUGUGCUCCUGGAGCCAUCCAAUCUGGUGGAAGUGAAUCCAUGGCAGAAGCCAAGCGUGUGAUGAAGCGCAUGGAGGAUGCCUGCGGGCCAAGCUGCGCUGAAGAAUGCCAACAAGCACGUUUGGAACUUCAAAGCGUUGAGAAGCGCUUUGAGGAGCAACUUUUGCAGCAGAAAAAGCAGGUCGAUGCCAAAGAAAAGCUGCAGCCUAAGAUGAUUUUGGGCCACAGGCUGAAGCAUUCGCACGGAAGUGGAGAUCCCGAUUGUUUGGAAGGUGCGUUGCAGGAAGCACAAGACCAUGGCCUGGAUGAAGAACACUUGGUGCCUGCCCAGGCAGAUACUGUGCACUUCCUGCCUGCUUGGAGGCACGUCUACGUGAGCUUCGCACAGCUGAACGACAGGGUGCAUUUGACGACCGCUUUGGAAGAAGCUGGACGUCAAGGGCUGAAGACUCCUGUGGUUGAUGCCCAGCAGAAGCUCCAGAGCUCGAAGACUGGAAAACUCAUCUCAGCCAUUCGAGACCGCGAUUACCAUGCCUUGCGCGAUGCCAUCAGCGAAGCUGAGGGUCGCCAUCCUGAAGAAGUUGCUGAAGUGGCAGAUGCUGCUCUGCAGACGGCGAAAGACGUUCAUCAAAGCCUUGAUUCAGUGGCGAAAGGCGUGUCCGUGGCGCUUCGAAACAUGAAAUUUGAAGAUCUGGAGAGCAGUGUUGCAGAAGCAGCCGAGCACAACAUCAUCACUGAUGAUGUAAAGAAAGCAGAAGGUGUCGUUGCCACCAUGAAAGAAUCACUUGGAAAGCUGGAAGUAGCAAGCACUUCUGGAGAUCUGGCAGCUUUGCAGGAGAGCCUUCAUGCUGCCCGACAGUUGGGACUCCAGGAUCACCACGUCUACGGUCAAAGCGCUGAGCUUUUCAGUGCGACAUGCAUGCCAUCAGAUGUGCAAUGGGUUCUAGAAGAGCAGCGAGGAAUGUGGUUGGUCUUGUGCCUGCGAAGACCAAUGACAUCAGGUGGCACACCUCCUUCGCACCCCUUCGCUGAGUGCACUGCGGAGCUGUGUCAUGCUGCCCAGAUCAGCCCUGAAGCAGAGCCCUAUGCAGUCCAGUACAUCAAUUACGUGUUGAUUCGCAUUGUGCAGCAGAAAAACUCUGAAAUCCACGAGACUCUUCGUGCUGCUCUUGAAGACUUGGCAGCAGACAAGAUCAACGAGGUUGAGACGCCCAUUGAUGCCAAGCAGUUCAACGAAAUUGGUAUUGCAGCAAAGACAGUUCAGCUGAACAGCUGUUCCAUCCUGCUGUGGUGGUUGGUUUGCAUUAUAGAGUGGCAAAGUGGACAUCGCAUUUUUCUGUCCUUCAUGAGUGAGUUAAUCCGGCGCACUGCAGAUCUUCUGAACGAAGCUGACUCAACGUGUCGUUCAUUGAAGACCCACAUUACUGCUUUGCAGGCGCAGAUGCGCGUGGAUGACGAAGGUGUCCCUGAAGUGGCGCCCGAGACACGUCUGGCUGGGAGUGCACCGGUGCCGCUGCCGGGGUUGGCAGUGAUCACCUCGGCUGCUGCGGCGGAUGCGCGGAUUGCCGCUGCCAAGGGCGUCUUAGAAGAGAUCGGUCAGGUCAAGAAGGAAGCCGAGAAACUCCAGGCCAAUUUGCUGAAGAACAAGAUCUCAUCUCCGGAUACGAUUGAAGCGGAUGCUCAGGGCUUUCCUGAUUUCAAACGGAUCUUGGAGUUGUUACAGAAGGGAAAGCCAAAGACACUCGAUGAUGCCAAGAGCGCUGCCAAAUGCGGUGGGGGCGGUGCUUCUCGUGCGAGAGAGAUCUAUGGAGAAACCUAUGCUGCUCUGGAAACGAAGCUCCUACAACUGCAGCUGAAAGGGCGGCAGGCGUUGGAUGGUGAAAUGGGUGGCGUGGGCGGCCUGGAUGCCUCUCCAAAGGCUGCGCCAUCUCCAUUGGUCGAUGCACAGCUGCCUUUCGCGACCUACUCCGAGCGCGUGGAGAGCGUAGGAUCGGUGCAAGAUCAUGCGUUUCUGCAGCUCCUUGGCAUUCCUGAAGGCAACAUGGCGACAUCGCAAGCGGUGGACCGCUGCUUUUUGAAGGUGGAGGUCUAUGAUCGUUUCAGCGAAAAGACCGGAGCCGUGGAGGACGAAUUCGAACGCUUCUGCCGUGCCGCGGUGAACGAAGCGCGGCAGCGCUGCGGUGGUCGACGCCUGGUUGCUGCUCUGAAGCCGCUGCUGGUGGAUUUGGUGAAGCGAAGGACCCGGUGA